AGCUCACUUGAAAACUAAGAGAAAAAGAAGAACACGAAAGCUCCGUCUAUUCUCGUGUGUUCUUUACUUGUUUUGUCUAGGAAAAAAAAAAAGACGAGUCAUUUGGGGUCUUUCUAAAAUUAAGCUCUAAUGGCAGACGCGACUUUAGAGGAGACCUCUACGUGGACAGUAGCUGUGGUUUGCUUCGUCUUACUACUCAUUUCGAUUGCGCUCGAACAUUUGCUUCACACACUUGGAACCUGGUUUAAAAAGAAGCACAAAAGCGAUCUAUUUGAAGCUCUUGAAAAGGUCAAAGCAGAGCUUAUGUUGUUGGGAUUCAUAUCACUACUCCUAACAAUUGCACAAGCACCAAUCUCACAUAUUUGCAUCUCCAAGAAACUUGCAUCGAUAAUGCAACCUUGCAGUCCCGCCCAAGCAGCGAAAUUAAAGGCCGAUAGGGCAAAGAAAGAAGGUGGAUAUGGAGAAAAACCCGGUGGAAAACUUCUUCUUGAGCUGGCUGAAUUUUAUAUCCCUAGAAGAAGUUUAGCCGGCAAAGUUGAGAACACAUGCGAAAAGAAGGGGAAAGUGCCUUUUGUAUCUUAUUAUGGAAUCCACCAGCUGCAUAUAUUCAUCUUCGUGCUCGCAGUGGUUCAUAUUAUUUACUGCAUUGUUAUUUAUGCUCUCGGAAAGACCAAGAUGAGAAGGUGGCAGCCGUGGGAGGAGGAGGCAAAGUCAAUAGAGUAUCAGUUUUCCAACGAUCCUGAGAGGUUCAGGUUUGCGAGGGACACAUCUUUUGGGAGAAGACAUCUCAGUUUCUGGAGCAAGAGGAGUGUUACACUAUGGACUGUGUGUUUUUUCAGACAGUUCUUUGGAUCCAUCACCAAAGUUGAUUACUUAACAUUAAGACAUGGUUUUAUCACGGCGCAUUUCGCUCCCGGCCAAUCAAGCUACGAUUUCCGUAAGUUAAUCCAGAGAACGUUAGAGAAAGACUUCAAAACCGUUGUUGAAAUCAGUCCUGUUAUCUGGUUUGUCGCCGUGCUAUUCCUCUUGACCAAUACAAGUGGGUUAUAUUCUCACUUCUGGUUACCAUUCAUUCCACUAGUCGUAAGUCUAAUCGUUGGAACAAAGCUUGAAGUCAUAAUAACACAAUUGGGUCAAAGUAUCCAAGAGAAAGACGAAAUAGUGAGAGGCGCCCCUGUGGUUCGGCCUAAAGAUGACCUCUUCUGGUUUAGCAAGCCACGUUUCGUUCUUUUCCUUAUCCACUUGGUCCUCUUUACGAAUGCAUUUCAACUUGCCUUCUUUGCCUGGAGCACGUUUUCAUUCGGGAUCAAGAAUUGUUUCCAUGCAAGCAUUCCAGAUGUGGUCACUAGACUUGUUGUUGGAGCUUUUGUACAGAUACUUUGCAGCUAUGUGACUCUUCCACUCUAUGCACUUGUUACUCACAUGGGUACUCAAAUGAAGCCAACAGUAUUCAACGAAGGAGUAGCCACAGCAUUAGAGAAGUGGCAUCAGACGGCGAAGAACCAGACUAAACACGGAAAACACUCGGGAUCAAACACACCUUUCUCUAGCCGUCCAACCACACCAACACAUGGCUCAUCUCCAAUCCAUCUCCUUCACAAUGUCAAGAACUCAUCGACUGCUCCCACAAACUCUGGUCAUAGUCAUCAUCAGGAACACCAGUUUUGGGAUCCUGAGUCUCAACACCAAGAAGCUGAAACUUCCACACAUCAUCCUCUUGCGCAUGAAAGCUCGGAGAAAACGAAGCCGGUCCUUGCAUCUGCGGAACAUCCUCCUAUAAGGACUAGCAAAAGCUUAGACAAAUUUUCUUUUAAGAAAGAUGUUUCUUGAUUUCAGAAUUUGAUCUCGUACCCUGGAAAUAACUAUCAGUACUGCUUUGAAUCAAUCAUUGCUGCAUUCAUCUCUGUUCAUAUAUGUAUGUACAAGCUGUUUUCGAAUAAUUUGAAGUACUACUUUUGUAUAAUAA